AAUUUGGUGUCCAUUUAGCAGAACUGACUGUGGAUCCGCAGGGAGCUCUGGCCAUCCGUCAGUUGGCGUCCGUCAUUCUGAAGCAAUAUGUGGAGACUCACUGGUGUUCUCAGUCAGAAAAGUUUAGACCUCCAGAGACCACAGAAAGGGCAAAAGUUGCCAUUAGGGAGCUCCUCCCCAACGGGCUGAGAGAAUCGAUCAGCAAAGUGCGCUCGAGCGUUGCCUAUGCGGUUUCAGCGAUAGCGCACUGGGACUGGCCUGAAGCUUGGCCUGAGCUUUUCAACCUCUUGAUGGAGAUGCUGGUCAGUGGCGACGUGAACGCAGUGCACGGAGCCAUGAGGGUGCUUACAGAGUUUACACGGGAGGUGACGGACACACAGAUGCCACUUGUUGCUCCGGUUAUUCUUCCAGAGAUGUAUAAAAUUUUCACAAUGGCAGAGGUGUAUGGUAUUCGCACAAGGUCACGUGCAGUGGAGAUAUUUACCACGUGUGCCCAUAUGAUCUGUAACAUGGAGGAAUUGGAAAAGGGUGCGGCCAAAGUCCUGAUUUUUCCUGUGGUGCAGCAGUUCACAGAGGCCUUUGUUCAGGCCCUGCAAAUCCCUGAUGGACCUACAUCAGAUAGUGGCUUUAAGAUGGAAGUCCUAAAGGCCGUGACGGCACUUGUGAAGAACUAUCCCAAGCACAUGGUUUCGUCAAUGCAGCAGAUCCUGCCCAUUGUCUGGAAUACCCUCACAGAAAGCGCUGCCUUUUAUGUGAGAACGGAAGUAAAUUACACAGAAGAGGUGGAGGACCCUGUGGAUUCUGAUGGUGAAGUACUGGGCUUUGAAAACCUGGUGUUCAGCAUAUUUGAAUUUGUCCAUGCCUUGCUGGAAAACAACAAAUUUAAGAGCACAGUGAAGAAGGCUUUGCCAGAGCUGAUCUAUUACAUCCUCCUUUAUAUGCAGAUCACAGAGGAGCAGAUAAAAGUUUGGACUGCAAAUCCCCAGCAGUUUGUGGAGGAUGAAGAUGAUGAUACUUUUUCCUAUACAGUGAGGAUUGCUGCCCAGGAUCUGCUGCUGGCUGUGGCUGCUGAUUUCCAGAACGAGAGUGCAACUGCUCUGGCUGCAGCAGCUACGAGACAUUUGCAGGAAGCUGAGCAGGCAAAAAACAACGGUGCUGAGCACUGGUGGAAAAUACACGAAGCUUGUAUGCUGGCGCUGGGCUCUGUGAAGUCCAUUAUUACGGGCAGCGUGAAGAAUGGCAGAAUUCAUUUUGAUAUGCACGGCUUCCUGACAAACGUGGUUCUUGCAGACCUCAACCUUUCAGUGUCUCCCUUUCUCCUGGGUCGAGCUCUGUGGGCCGCCAGCCGCUUCACAGUGGCGAUGUCUCCAGAACUGAUCCAGCAGUUCCUGCAAGCCACGGUCAGUGGUCUGCACGAAACCCAGCCUCCGUCUGUGCGCAUCUCUGCAGUCAGAGCUAUCUGGGGCUACUGCGACCAGCUGAAGAUCUCUGAGAGCACCCACGUGUUGCAGCCUUUCCUUCCCAGCAUUCUUGAUGGCCUGAUCCACUUGGCAACUCAGUUCAGCUCAGAAGUCCUAAACCUGGUGAUGGAGACGCUGUGCAUUGUGUGUACGGUAGACCCAGCGUUCACAGCGAGUGUGGAGAACAAAAUCUGCCCCUUCACGAUUGCAAUAUUUCUGAAGUACAGUAACGAUCCAGUGGUUGCUUCUCUUGCCCAGGAUAUCUUUAAGGAGCUGGCUCAGAUAGAAGCCUGCCAGGGUCCAAUGCAGAUGAGGCUGAUACCAACCCUUGUCAGCAUCAUGCAGGCCCCUGCUGACAAGAUCCCAGCAGGGCUGUGUGCAACAUCUAUUGAUAUAUUGACCACAGUCGUGAGGAAUACAAAACCUCCUCUGUCCCAGCUCCUCAUCUGCCAGGCGUUCCCUGCGGUGGCUCAGUGCAGCUUGAACACAGAUGACAACGCUACAAUGCAGAAUGGUGGCGAGUGUCUGCGUGCCUACGUCUCGGUGGCGCUGGAGCAAAUUGCGCAGUGGCACGAUGAGCAAGGCCACAAUGGGCUGUGGUACGUGAUGCAGGUGGUGAGCCAGCUUCUAGACCCAAGGACCUCUGAAUUCACCGCAGCCUUUGUGGGCAAGCUGGUCUCCACUUUGAUAUCCAAAGCAGGAAGUGAGCUGGGAGAGAAUCUGGACCAGAUCCUGAGAGCUAUCCUGAGUAAAAUGCAACAAGCGGAGACGCUCAGUGUAAUGCAGUCCUUGAUUAUGGUGUUUGCUCACUUGGUUCACUCCCAACUGGAGCCACUCCUGGAGUUCCUGUGUAGUCUCCCUGGACCAACUGGGAAGCCUGCCCUGGAGUUUGUCAUGGCCGAGUGGAUGAGCCGGCAGCACUUGUUCUACGGGCAGUACGAAGGCAAAGUCAGCUCUGUAGCGUUGUGUAAGCUCCUCCAGUAUGGCAUCAACACAGACGACAAGCGGCUUCAGGACAUCAGGGUCAAGGGAGAAGAAAUAUUUAAUAUGGAUGAGGGAAUACGGACGCGAUCAAAGUCAGCCAAAA